CCGCCGGAUCGAUUUGCGGGGUCUCGCCAGCAAAGGCCGUCCGGAAGGCGAGCAUUUCAAAUCAUGUCGGUGAAUCGACCUCUGAUAUAAAAAGACUGUUACAUUUGCUCUUUUGAAUUUUAUCCUGUUUUAUAGUUCCUUUUCGUUUAUCUACUACCCCUCUUACCCCUCAUGCUGAAGUAUACCUUGAUUUAACUCAACCAGACACAGCACAUAUACAACAAACUCUAGUAUAUCGGAAAUAACACCCACGCGAACAAGGAAAGAAGAUAAAAAGAAAGAAAAACAAAAGUCAACAUGGCUACCCACCGAUUUGACCCCGAUUUCACCGACAAUGUCGUCAACGCUAUGGGCCCCAAGACCAACCCUCGGUUCCGCCAGCUCAUGACCAGCCUAAUCCGCCAUGUCCACGACUUCGCGCGCGAGAACGAGGUCACUGUUGACGAAUGGAUGGCCGGCGUCCAGUUGAUGAACUGGGCCGGUCAAAUGAGCAACGACAAACGAAAUGAGGGACAGCUAGUUUGCGACGUGAUCGGAUUGGAAUCUCUCGUGGACGAAAUCACUUUCAAACUCGCCGAAGAAGCCGAUGACGCUCCCACCGCAACUGCUAUCCUGGGUCCAUUCUUCCGCGCCGACACCCCUUACCGCAAGAAUGGCGAUAACAUCGUCAAGGGGGUCCCGGAUGGUGAGAUGGCUUUCAUGCAUGGCCGCGUUAUCGAUUUUACCACUAAGAAGCCAUUGGUGGGCGCCACCGUGGAGGUGUGGCAGGCGGCGACGAACGGAUUGUACGAGCAGCAGGAUCCGAACCAGGAGGAGUUCAACCUCCGUGGAAAGUUCAAGACGGAUGAGGAGGGCCGGUAUUACUUCUACUGUUUGAGACCCACGCCGUAUCCCGUUCCUGAUGAUGGACCGGCAGGGAAGCUGCUCAAGCUCAUGGAUAGACAUCCGUUCAGACCUGCUCAUAUCCAUAUUAUUGCUACCCACGACGGCUACAAGCCCCUCACCACACAGAUCUUCGACCGCAAAGACCAGUACCUAACCAAUGACUCCGUCUUCGCCGUCAAGGACUCUUUGAUCGUGGACUUUGUCCCCCGCGAGGGUGAUUCUCAAGCUGGUCUUGAGCUGAACUAUGAUGUGAAGUUGGUGCCGGCACAGUCGAGUAGCACCAAUGGUGUAUAAACAAUUGUGACUAUUUGAUUAACGAAAUUUGUAUAUACCUUUCCUUCAAUUUUAGCAUUCUUGAAGCUUGUUUUAGUGAAUUCAUGAUGGGGACAUUUGUGAUGUUAUCUUGUGCUUGCCUUCCUUCACCAUGAAUUCGUAUG